CCCUAAUGGGUUUCUUUAUGUUGAACAUUGAACGCAUCAGAGCAGCAGAGGACCGUGAAGUGCUCUCCGGUUGUGUUUGUGCGGUGUCACGUGGGUAACGCGUCUUCCUCCGGACUGGUUCAAACCGACAGAAAGCUGUCCUGCAGGGAGACGCACAGUCUUCAGCCUGCACACAGUGAGAGUCCCACACACACCCAGACGUUAACACCGGUAUGUCCUCACUCUGUGUCCUGAGGACUCGUUGCUUCCUCCGGCAGGUCCUCCCCGGCCUGCCCGCCGCCAUGCACAGACACUACAGCCUGGACGUGUCCGCUCCGCUGCUGAGGACGCAGGGCUACGUGGACGGUCGCUGGGUGUCUGCAGCCUCGGUGUUCCCCGUGCUGGACCCGGCCACCGGGAAGGAGAUAGUCCGGGUGUCAGACUGUGGCCCGGCUGAGGCCAAGCAGGCUGUGGACGCUGCGUAUAAGGCGUUUCAUUCCUGGAAGCAGUACAGCGCUAAGGAGAGGAGCGUCCUGCUGAGGAAGUGGUUCGACCUGCUGACGCUGCACAAAGAAGACCUCGCCAAACUGAUCACCUUCGAGAGUGGUAAGCCCAUGAAGGAGUCUCUCGGGGAGAUUGCGUACUCCGCCUCCUUCGUGGAGUGGUUCUCAGAGGAGGCGCGGCGAGUGUAUGGUGACGUCGUUCCAUCACCUGCCAGAGACCGAAAGAUCCUCCUCCUCAAGCAGCCGGUGGGCGUGGCCUCCAUCAUCACACCGUGGAACUUCCCCAGCGCGAUGAUCACCAGGAAGGUUGGAGCUGCUCUGGCUGCCGGCUGCACGGUGGUGGUGAAACCAGCCGAGGACACGCCGCUGUCAGCACUCGCUCUGGCUGAGCUGGCGGAGCAGGCGGGGAUUCCUGCGGGGGUGUUCAACGUGGUUCCUUGCUCCAGAGAGAAGACGCCGUCAGUCGGGCAGGUUCUCUGCACUGACCCACUGGUGGCCAAAAUCUCCUUCACUGGAUCCACUGCCACCGGCAAGUUGCUGCUGAAAAUGGCCGCCGACACCGUAAAGAAGGCGUCCAUGGAGCUGGGAGGCCACGCCCCCUUCAUUGUGUUUGACAGCGCUGAUGUCGACAAAGCGGUGGCCGGGGCCAUGGCGUCCAAGUUCAGGAACUCUGGACAGACGUGCGUGUGUUCCAACCGCUUCCUGGUGCAGAGCGGCAUCCACGAUCGCUUCAUGGAGAAGCUGGGCAAAGUGAUGGACGCCGAGCUCCGCCUGGGUCACGGCUCGGAGCCCGACACCACCCAGGGGCCACUAAUCAACGCCAGAGCUGCAGAAAAGGUGGCCCAUCAGGUAUCAGAUGCAGUGUCCCGGGGAGCGAAGGUGUUGAAGGGCGGGAAGCGUCUGGAGGGGUCCUUCAUGGAGCCCACUCUGCUGGCCGACGUCACCACAGACAUGCUCUGCACCAGGGAGGAAACCUUCGGCCCGCUGCUGCCCGUCAUCAGGUUUAACACAGAGGAAGAGGCUCUGGCUAUCGCUAACGCGUCUAAUGUGGGGCUGGCAGGUUACAUCUUCUCGCAGGAUGUGAGUCAGAUCUGGCGGGUGACGGAGGAGUUGGAGGUGGGGCUCGUUGGAGUCAACGAGGGCCUCCUGUCCACCCCAGAGGCCACAUUCGGCGGGGUCAAACAAUCCGGUUUGGGCCGUGAAGGCUCUAAGUACGGCAUCGACGAAUAUUUGGAGAUCAAGUACAUGUGCUUCGGAGGCCUGAAACCCUGAAACAGGACGGAGUGACGCCGCAGCUCCAGUGGUACCACACACUGAGUUACACAGUAAUCAUUGAAGGUGGUCAGAACUGUAGAUCUCAGGCUUGAAUUGAUUUAAGAUAACAGAAAAUAACCUUUUAAUCAGAGUCCAGGGGGCCAGACGAAAGCGUCUCUGAACUGCCCUUAAAAUACCUUAAAUCUAACCUGACAGUUAGCAAACCAGUCGGUAACUUUUCACUUACCAUAAAAUGUUUUUUAUCGCCAUCUGAUGUUCAUCGUUAGCUGUCAGGAGGAGGGGCAGCGCUCUGAUCAGACGGGUCAGAAGAGUGAAACAGGGUCUUUAAUUUGCCUUUUAAUGAGAAACUGUUUAUAUGUAGAAUAAUAAAAAAAUCAUUACGGCAAUAAUUAUCUCAUCUGUAUUUAAUGGCAUCAGAUCAAAAUAAUUUUUAUGAAAAGCAGAACAUUUUUAUGCUGAUCAAGAUUCACUUUAUUUUCCCACAGUGUGGAAAAUUUGUCUCGGACCCUGCACCCAAACUGCAGCCAUAGAAGUACAACGUACAACAUAGAAAAGUCAACAUUAUACACAACUUAAUAAGAAGCACAAAAAGAUAAAUAAAUAACAUCAUAUGCUAGAAAUAUCAAAUCAGCAAAUCGUCAUAAUCCAAUGCCAGAUCUGGCUUUAUCUGCCAUUAUUUAAAGGCUCUUUAGACUGACGUAUGAAUUAAUGUUUAAAUCUGUUCAGUGUGCAGCGAGGCGCUCUAAAUCUCCUCCCAGAGUGCAGCAGCUCGGACUGUGUGUGCAGAACAUGAGACGAUCUUAUUGGCUCGACUCAAAGCAGCUACAUACUGUGCAUUGACUAUAUAACACCUUAUCUAAUAUUAUAUUUGGGUUGAAUUACAGUGAGAUAAUUGCUGAUAUAAGACAUUCAUAUUCAAGGGUUUAAAAAAUAAUAAUUACAACUUGGAAAAUGACACAGCUGUUAGUAACAAGUUAGAAACUCAUGAUUUCAGAUAUCUCAGAUAUGACGUGAACGUGUCAUUAUUAUUUUUCCUCAAAUAAUAAAGUGAACAAAAGUGAAUUUGCUCCAGUAGCAUGUAAAGUUUUUUGAUAAAAAAGGUAAAGAAGCUGCGACACGGCUCACUUGAUAGAAAAGAAAGAUGCUGUGAAAGAAAUAAUUAAAAUGCACAAAAGCUUUUGAUAGAUUUUUGUAAAAUCGUUUUUUGUGUUGCGAAUCCUGACGUCCUGUUGUCGGCCUGUUAGUGUAAAAUCUGUAUUUUUGUAAUAUUAAAAAACUAAUAUAUGCUCACGUGUUUGAACACAGAGGGACACAUGUUCAAACUGGGUCUAACAUUAAUUAGAAGCAUCACAAUUUCUAAAUAAUUUAAAGCAUGUGACAUUUAUACAAAACGUAACAGCGUUUUCGUCUCGUUAAUGGAACAUUAGAACGUUUCUAAACUCUUUAAACAUGUUUUAAUAAUAUGUUAAAAUGUGUUCAUAAGUAAAUAAAUAAAAGUGUUGACUUCCUGGUCUGAUGUGACUGUUUGGACACCAGUUUUGAACCUGUGUGAGCAUGAACCUAAUGUGGAAUAAAUAAAUGUCAGCAUAUUUCUGUGUGGAGGGGAGAAAGGAAUAAAUGUAAGUAGAAGAUAUAAUAAAUUAUUGUAGGAUAGUAGUUUAAUAAUUAACUUUUCAUUGUGGGGAUUGAUGUUGUUACGCAGGUUUUAUUUUAAACCUCUGACAGAAGUUAAACACAGGAAGCUUUUUUUUCUUGAGCCUUCGUUAACUGAAGUUAAAAUCAUGGUUGCCAACGUCACAAGUGCCAUGUAACGGAUUAUUAACUCUUACAGUGUUGAACAACAGUGCAGUGCUGCUUUUGGGGAUUUUAGGUUUAUUACAGAUCAUUAGAAACACCUCUGAAUAUAAUGCAGUCCAGUACAACUCCACCACUGACUAUGACCUCGAUACUAAAACAUAUAAUUAGAUUAAACCUCUAACUGUGUCGUCAAAAACUGAACAUCACAGGCAUCAUGAGCAGUUGUAUUGGAUUGCAUUAGACUGUACGGGUGUACCUAAUUCAUUGGACACUGAGUGUGUGUGCUUAUGUCUUAUUGACUGUUGUCCACAUCUGAAAACUGGGGCCCAUGUUUCCUCCUGCAGAAACCUAAAAAAAAUCUUAAUUUCUCUCAUUUUGAGCUGAAGAUCUGAUGCUGUUUCUGUUCUUUGUUGUUUCAGCAGAUUUUGUUCCUAAUUUAAAGUGAAAUUGGUCUUACUUGUCAUAUAAUGCUGUAGUCAUAGUUAAUGUAAAAUAUAUAUGAAUUUUGUAUUUCUGACUGUAGAUAUUAAUGGAAAAUUAAAGAGGAGAUUGUAAUAUUA